GUUGAAAGGAUUGUAGACAAGCGGAAGAACAAGAAAGGAAAAUGGGAGUAUCUGAUCCGAUGGAAAGGGUAUGGGAGCACGGAGGACACGUGGGAGCCGGAGCACCACCUCUUGCACUGUGAGGAGUUCAUUGAUGAGUUCAAUGGGCUGCAUGUAUCCAAGGACAAGAGGCUCAAGUCAGGGAAGCAGUCCAGUGCCUCCAAGCUCCUGCGUGACAGUCGAGGGCCAUCAGUUGAGAAGCUCUCCCACAGACCUUCAGAAUCAGGAAAGAGCAAAGGGACGUCCCAUAAAAGGAAGCGAAUAAACCCUUCGCUCGCCAAGCCGAAAAAAGGGUAUUCCACAAAGCCCCCCACAGGAGGUGACAGGGCCACCAAGACUGUAUCUUACAGGACUACCCCCAGUGGUUUGCAAAUCAUGCCCCUGAAAAAGGUGCAGAAUGGAAUAGAAAAUGGGGACACCGGCUCUGAGAAGGACGAGAGACACUUUGGAAAUGGGUCCCAUCAGCCCGGUUUGGAUUUGAAUGACCACAUUGGUGAGCAAGACAUGGGUGACUGUGACGUGAACCAUGAAGCUCUGGCUGAGAACGGGAUUGGCUCUGUUCUGACCAACGGGGGACUCAACCUGCACAGCCCUGUGAAGAGGAAGCUGGAAGCAGAGAAGGACUACGUCUUCGACAAGAGGCUCAGGUACAGCGUCCGCCAGAAUGAGAGCAACUGCCGGUUUCGAGACAUUGUUGUGCGGAAGGAAGAGGGGUUCACACACAUCCUGCUGUCCAGCCAGACCUCGGAUAACAAUGCCCUGACGCCAGAGAUCAUGAAGGAGGUCCGGCGAGCCCUGUGCAGCGCAGCUGUGGAUGACAGCAAGCUGCUGCUGCUCAGCGCGGUGGGCAGUGUGUUCUGCAGUGGGCUGGACUAUUCUUACCUGAUCGGCAGGUUGUCCAGCGACCGGCGGAAGGAGAGCACACGGAUCGCAGAAGCCAUCAGGGACUUUGUGAAGGCCUUUAUCCAGUUUAAGAAGCCCAUUGUGGUGGCCAUCAACGGGCCUGCCCUUGGCCUGGGCGCCUCUAUCCUGCCCCUCUGUGACAUUGUGUGGGCCAGCGAGAAGGCCUGGUUUCAGACGCCCUACGCCACCAUCCGCCUCACACCUGCUGGCUGCUCCUCAUACACCUUCCCCCAGAUCUUGGGCGUCGCGCUGGCCAACGAGAUGCUUUUCUGCGGGAGGAAGCUCACUGCUCAGGAGGCAUGCAGCCGGGGACUUGUGUCCCAGGUCUUUUGGCCAACCACAUUCAGCCAGGAGGUCAUGCUGCGGGUCAAGGAGAUGGCGUCCUGCAGUGCCGUGGUGUUAGAGGAGUCCAAAUGCCUCGUUCGGAGCUUCCUGAAAUCGGUGCUUGAGGACGUGAAUGAGAAAGAAUGCCUCAUGCUCAAGCAACUCUGGAGUUCCUCCAAAGGCCUGGACUCCCUGUUCAGCUAUCUGCAGGACAAGAUUUAUGAGGUCUGAAGGGCCCUGGCUUACCUACCCCAACACCCGAGGGGGCCUGACUUCCAGCUUUGCCCUGUGUUUCAGGAAUCGGAGCACAGUGUAUGCCCCGGCCAAGAAGCUUGUCAAGGUGUCUCUUUGUACCUAGGGUUGUGUCCAUUUCCUCGUGUCCUUUGGUUGCUC